ACCUUCACUUAACACAGCAGAAACCCUUUCUUCAGUCUUCUCCUGCGUUCUCCUUCUUCACUUCCCAACUAAAUCUCGCCGGACGAUCGUAACCGGAGAGCUUCCGUCGACCGAUUAAUCUUCAAAUCUCUAUGACUCUUAUGAAUCUGGAAGUUACGAUGUAUGAUGUUGUUAUCUGAAUAUCAAAUUUAUAUAGAUUCGCAAUCAUUCUCUGUUUUUUCAUGGAAUCUAAUGCGAGAUAUGUAAAGUUAGGGUUUUUGGUAAUUCUCUAAAAUGAUCUGUAUAAUGGCUGAUUUAGGUCAAGUGUUUGAUAUCUAAAGAAGAUGUUGAAGUUUCUAUCAAAAGUAAGAAUUGAGUUCAACACAUUAGAUCCAAGACUUGCGUCUUGUGUUGAAUUCUUAGCUCAAUGCAAUGCAAGGAAGGCCAAAGAAUCGAAUCCCAAUUGUCAGGUUUUGGUGAAACGUAGAACCGAUGAGCAGCCGCCGCAGAUCACUGUCACUUUUGUUAAUGGUGUUGAGGAAGCUUUUGAUGCAGCUGCAACCUCGGCUCAGUCGAUUAGAAAGAUGAUUCUUGAUAAAGGUCAGUAUCUUGAGACAGAGCAAAUGUUUCGUGAAGCUGGAGAACAAUGGCCUGUGAUUAUCCCUGAUGAAGAACUUCUCCAAGAGGCUCCUGGUGUUAAGCCGAGAAAAGCAGAAGACAAGAAGUGAUGCUGCACCAAGCACGAUCAAUAUCUCUUGGUGUAAUCUCAUUGAUUUGACAAAUCUAGCUUUUCGGAAUGUAAGAUCGUUUGCUGUGUGCAACUCGAUAUGUGUCUCAAGCUUAGGGUUUCGACUGAUAGAUUUGUAUUGUUUUCUUGUUUAUGUGAACCGCAAUGGAUGAACUUUUGGUCAGGAACCGGGACUAUGACACUGUUAUGGAAGCUAUUGAAGCUCUGGGAAUAAAAACCAAUUUUUAUAGGCAAAUAUC